AAAAAUGAAAAAAAAAAGAGUCCCCACAUCUGUAUGUCUACGCUGCCGGACAAAACUGCCACCGCUAAUAAUACUUUUUGGGACCUUAUAAACCAGACCACCACCUUUCUCUCUCUAAAACUUAUUUACCCUCUUCAUUUCAUCUUGCUCCUCCUCCUCCUGUCCUCUCUUGGGCUCCAUUUCAGUUCUGCACCAGCAUUUAAUAUUAUUCUACAUACUAUUAUAUAUUUAUGCCGCUUUGUAUUUGCCAUCAUGGGGUCUAGCUAUCUUCUUCUGGGGCUCUCUAUAUAUUGCUGUUGGUGUGUUACAUUUAUUACUAGUUAAUAGAAUGUUUGGUAACUGAGAGAGAGAAGCAAAAAGAUUGAGAAUUUAAAGCUUUUUUGGUUGGAAAUACUGCCUGUAAUGGAGAGUCUUCAAGGCCCCAUUGAUUCUUGUUUCUUAGGUGAGCCUCUGGAUGUAGGAGGAGGAUUUGAAGUUGAAGAAACUGAUCAGUUUUUAAUGCCAAGUGUAGAAGAUAAUAUCCCUUUUCUUCAAAUGCUUCAAACUGUGGAAUACCCACCAUUUUUUCACAUCAAAGAACCCAACUUUCAGACACUUUUAAGGCUCCAACAUCUCAAAAAACAGCAGCUCCCAUGGAAGACGAUGAACUCUUGCUUAGCUGAAGCAGAAACCCAACAAGCUCAAGCACAAGCUGCACCGUUGUUAGAGCAUGAAAGCUGUGUAACUCAUGACUUGCACUCACCGGUUAAAUCUGAAAGUCUAGACUUUCACAACCCACAUUCGAGUUCUUGUCUCGAAGGGAUAACCUCGGAGCCUAGUUCAUUUCCUUGGACACUCCAGCAGGCCAUGCUUGGCGAUGCCCAUUUCUCUAAAGCAUCUCCUGUAGUAGUCCCUAGAGAAAGACGAAAACGGAAACGAACCCGGCCGACGAAGAACAAGGAAGAAGUUGAGAGCCAGCGGAUGACCCACAUUGCCGUUGAACGUAACCGGCGUCGCCAAAUGAACGACCACCUUAAUUCGCUCCGCUCUCUCAUGCCGCCCUCCUACGUUCAAAGGGGUGACCAAGCGUCGAUUAUCGGAGGUGCAAUAGACUUUGUGAAGGAACUAGAGCAACUUCUACAGUCUCUCGAAUCGCAAAAGAGAACAAGAAACGCAGAAGAAACCGAAGCAUCCGUUGGCGUUUCAUCGAACAGGUUGUUUACGUUAGAUCAACCGGAGUUUAACGGCAGUAAUACUUGCGAAGAGGAAUCGAAAGUGAAGAAAAAGUCAGAUGUGGGUGAAAUAGAAGUGACUGCAGUACACAACCAUGUAAAUUUGAAGAUACAAUGUCAAAGAAAACCAGGCCAGUUACUAAGAGCUAUCGUUGCAUUAGAGGAACUUAGACUUACAGUUUUGCACCUUAACAUAACUUCAUCGGAAACUACUGUUCUAUAUUCAUUCAAUCUUAAGAUAGAGGAAGAUUGUAAACUGGGAUCAGCAGAUGAGGUAGCAGCAACAGUUAAUCAAAUAUUCAGCAUUAUCAACAGCACCAGCUGAUCAGGUCUAUAAAAAACAGUAGCCAAAUUCAACCAGCCACAAAAAAAGACAGUAGCUGACUCUAUAAAAUGAUGCUCCCUACACUGUUUAAUUGCACCCUUUUAGGUAAAGAUUAGAGACUAAAUUUGCAAUCUGGGGAUGGAAAUUGAGGGUGGUCCAGCACUAAAAAGGUGUAAAAUUUGGGGAGUAUUAUGAAAAUAUGAUGACCCAAAAGAAAUUUGAUGCUCCUCCUUUUGUAUUGACUUUAGGAAAUCCAUAAUGUGUGUGGAUUUUGAUGUUUCAUGUCAUUUUUUUUUUUAUAUUUGUCUUGUGUACUCUCCUUUUCAACUUCGGCUGGAUUCCAAUUAUGGGGUCUGAUUAUAAAUAACAAAUCAAGAAAAUUUACCAAUAA